UUAAACCGUGGCGAGAGCGAAAGGGCGACGAAGGAAAGGACAGGAGUUCCUGGUAACGGAGCAAUGAGGAGGGACGCUGAGGAGACUCCUAGACUCCUCUGCUCAGAGAAGAAGAGGAGUCUCCACAGACUCCUGGAGGAACAGAGCUGCUAACAUUCCCGAAACUCUCUAAACGACGUGUCUCUGUCUGCGACGACAACAACGACCGACAGUGCAGAAGGUUUUUAAGACCAUGUUCCAACCAUGAGCGGGAAAAGUUGCCACCUCCUGGUGUCUUCAUCACUGAGCAUGAUCAGAGGACACCAGCCUCAGUCCAUCAAGAUUCCUACAUCCCCCCCACCAAGGUCCAGAACUGAGAAAACCACUCACUCCUUGGCCUCGGGCAGUAGCCACGCCUCUUUGCCAACACUGAGCCUUCGCCGUCAGGUGCUGACUAAUGGGAAAAGCAUCCAAAAUACAUCAUCACAACAACCGGUGCCUCCUCAACAAACGACGACCAAAGCAAUUACUAACAAUGGUGUUAAAGGUGGCGCUGUGUCUGUGCCCACCAUGGAAGUAUUUGGAAGGCCAGUCGCUGCAGACCAGAGAGUGACCAGUAAUCACAUGACUGCCGUUACAGGCCACGCAUGUACAUCAGGACCGGCUGUGCCUUACGCUCCGUCUCAUUUGCACGGUGUUCCGGUUCCUCACACUGAAGCCAGAUCCUUACUAUCCAGAGAGUCCUUGGCAUCUACUACCCUCAGUCUAUUUGACACACAGUCUGUGUUUAGUGGGAAACAUGACUGGCCAUAUGGCUACCGGGUGCUCCCCCCACUGGGGGAACCUCAGUGCUCCACCCAAGCAAGUGAAGGUGGAGAGCAGCUCAGUGCUUUACCAGAUACAGCCAUGUCCGGCACAAUCAUAUCCGGAGGCACCAGCACCUCCGCCUCCCUGCCUUCCUAUCUGUUUGCAGGAGACAUCGGAAGCCCUAGACCACCCCGGGCCAAGAAAAGGACCCUCUCCAUAUCGCCCUUGUCAGACGUCAUUGGUACAGAUUUCAACUCCAUCAUACGGACCUCUCCUACCUCACUUGUGGCCUAUAUCAACGGUUCCCACAGCUCCCCAGUCUCCUUCACCACACUCUCACCGGCCCAGUCCGAGUGUUAUGGUCACUUUCUGGGUAUGAGAGGGGGAUGUAUCCCACAAGUUCAUCCCUACAACAUGCCAUGCUCUUCCAAGAACAUGGAACCACAGACUGAACUUGGACGAAUGCAGGUUCUAGAAGAGAGAGGGAGUCUAGAGAGCCACAAGACAAACAUGGUGGUGGUGGAGCAGCAGUGUUUCCCAGAGAGACCCUCAGAGACCUGCGUUCAAACCUCCAACCAUCUGCUGCCACCAUUACAACUACAGCCGUCAUUGUUGGCCACAGUACAUGAAGAUGACACUCAACAAGGGCCUCCGCCACCGUACCACUCCCACCAACACAUACGCCUCUCGAGGCGCCAAUUCAAAACAUCCGAGGAAUAUCACUCUCAUUCCAUGCUUCCUUUAAGGAAUGGGAUGGGCUUCCUACCACAGAUCCCAAUGUUGGAGGAGGAAGAAGGUGAACUGGAGGACUAUGGAGCCCACGGCUGCAAAUGGCUGGACUGCAGUGCAGUUUGCGACCAAAGGGAAGAGCUGGUGCGGCACAUAGAGAGGGCACACAUAGAUCAGCGGAAAGCUGAGGAUUUCACCUGCUACUGGUUGGACUGUCCACGAAACUUCAAACCAUUCAAUGCCCGAUACAAGCUUCUGAUCCAUAUGAGGGUCCAUUCAGGGGAGAAACCCAACAAGUGCACGUUCAAGGGCUGCAAGAAGGCAUUCUCUCGACUAGAAAACCUAAAGAUCCACCUGCGAAGUCACACGGGGGAGAAACCGUACCUGUGUCAGCACCCAGGAUGCAACAAGGCUUUCAGCAACUCCAGUGACAGAGCAAAGCACCAGCGCACCCACCUGGACACAAAGCCGUACGCCUGUCAGGUGCCCACCUGUGCCAAGCGUUACACUGAUCCCAGCUCCUUGAGGAAACACGUCAAAACACAUUCAUCAAAAGAACGACAGUUGAGGAAAAAGCUGAAAUCGACCACCGACGUGACCCAGGACUCUCUCACAGACUGCCUGACCAUCCACCCACUGCAGCCCAGCUCCUUCUCUCCUCUGUCUAAGGUCGACAGCGCUCUGAACUCGUCCCCUGCCGCAACGUUCGACUCGUUCUCAGCUGCUCCACAGGCACGAGGAUCUCCCUGUAAUCCUCACCUGGCUCUGCUCUGCUCCUUACAACAUAAUUUCAGGUUUGUUGAUCCUUCCCCUCACCAGCUCUUCCCCGAGGACACACGCAGGCCUUGCUCUUCCACCUGCCACCCUCACCCUCCCUCUGGGACAACCCUUCACAACAACCACGACCUGAAGCAGCCCAGCCGGCCUCCUGAUCUGGCUGAUCACACUCCAGAUCUCUCACAGCAGGUGAAGAUGCUCUACGCCCCUCCACCCUACGGUGGGGCCACAGCACAGACCGGUUCCUGUCACCUGAUGCAAACCGAUGCUUUUGGUGACAGCCUCGCUGCAACAGUCAAUAAUCCCACAGAGGGAGCUGCAACAUACGGUGUUCACCCCUGCAUUACAGAGCUUGAAAUCAGCACCCAACCACAUGAAGCGUCUCCUAAUGAAGACUUACAGGGAGAGGAUUUCUUCAUGGUGACUGGUCACUUCACAGACCGGAGUCCACACAUUUAUACAGAUGAUUAAUAUCACUGAGAGUCAAAAUGUGCGUUAUGGCAUUUUUUUUAUUUUUUAUUUUUUUUUUGCACACCCCAGAGUCUCACAGUUUCACUGAAACCAAGAAUGGAUCAGCUUUACUUUUAUUACUUAGCACAAUAAAAUCUGAGAUCCACCUGAGAUGCUGCCUGUAGGGUUAUGUCUUCACUUCAAUCUGUGUAAAUGUACGACCGUCUGACUCAUCGCCGCUGACUUGAAAAGUUUUAUGUCAUUUUGUGAGACCGACAACAGUCCAAUCAAUGUAUGCAAAGACUCACUUGUUUCUUUCUUCCCUCAGACUUUUGACCUUGUAACCAUAGUAACAAGAUGUUAAUACCAUGUUUCAAUGCAACGUUCAUAGCCUGACUGUACAGUAGAAGAAAUCAUGUGUCUAAUAGAAUGAAAACAGUUCAUAAACCACAAAAGUUUCUGAAGUAGUGAAAGUGUCUGUGUAACUGUAGCUCAAGAACAGAUAAUGAUGGAGUCUGGAGGUUAUUUACCUUUCACAGUGUCAUGACUACUCAAAUUCACUGGGACAAAUUUUAGAAGCUUGGCAGAAAAACAACCUCUUAGCAAACAAAGAUGCUAAUACUAAGAAAAACAAAUAAAUGUCAUGAGAUAUUACAUAUUAGCCAAAGGAUAACCCAAAACUAGCAUAGUAUUAGCUUAAAGUUUGGCAAAGUAGCAUAAGCUAUGCUAAAUAGAUAGCCCAACAUUACUGAAAAAGGUUGGUUAAAAUUAAAGCCAAAUAUAAAAACAAAAUUGAAACUGUCGAAAGUUAAGAAAAAACAGAUUUGAGGGAAUGACUAAAAGUAAAUCAAAGGUUAGCUUACAAAAAAGAAGCUAACUGCGAUAUAACUAUAAAGGAGCUAAACCAUAAGGAAGUCAUGUAGAAAAUAUCUGAAUAAUAAAGGUUUCCACAUAAAUACUGCAAUCAUUAAGACAACAUUUAAAUACGACAUUUGCAACAAGCCAAAAAUAUCCGUUACACCCAGCUUCAAUUAAAAAAUGAUGGAACAAACUGAAUCCAUUUUAGUAACUUUAAUUUUCAAAGUGCGAGACAGAUAAAUGUCAAGGUCUGUUUUUUUCAAUACUGCAGAAAAAGUAAUAAAGACGACAGGAUUCGACUCGAAAAGAUCCAGAUGAGAGUUUAGUUCAGGAGAUACAUUUAUUUUACCUCUGAAUUGAAUGGAGGCUAAGAUAAACUGAUGGACUGUAGUGAUUGGGUUAACAAUGACCCAGAGGGAGGGGAUAUAAUGUUUGGCAGAACAUUUGUUUAGGCAAAAUACUUUUUGUUUUAUAUACUGGUCAACAUUUGUACAUAUGUGGGAUCAACUAUCUCUAUGCAGUUUGUUUUUAUCCAAGAAAAGAAAAAUGAAGUUUUUAUUAAAAAUACCAUACAUUGUGGUAAAAAAAAUAAAAAUAAAAUCACUUCUCUUCUGAAGGUAGCAGGCUCAUUAAGAUCAUGGUAAAUUAGCAGCCACAGCUGUGCGUGCCAGUGGAGUAUAUUACACAUCCAGGGGGCACUGCAUUAUUUUAUUUUUUUUAAUUAAAAGGACAAACUGUUUUACUUGAAUAUAAUUCCUUUUGCAAAAGACUGUCAUGCUUCAGACGGGUUUUGCUAGUUGCCUAGCAACAACAACAGCAUUUUCGAAAAAAGCAUCUGUCUAAUACAGCUAACCAAAAAAAAAAA